CCCGCCUCCCCGCCAGGGGGCGCCGCCUCCACUUCCUGUGUCUGCGCCUGUCACGGGAACCGGGCACGGGUGGACCUCUGCUCGUGGGUGGCUCUCUUGGAGCUCAACUCCCGCUUGUCUCCGCUCGACCGAGUGCUUGGGCAGAGCCCACCGGGUAGGCGCGGGCGAUGGCGCAGUACAAGGGCACCAUGCGCGAGGCCGGCCGCGCCAUGCAACUCCUCAAGAAGCGCGAGAAGCAGCGGGAGCAGAUGGAGGUGCUGAAGCAGCGCAUCGCCGAGGAGACCAUCCUCAAGUCGCAGGUAGAUAAGAAGUUCUCCGCGCACUAUGACGCCGUGGAGGCCGAGCUGAAGUCCAGCACGGUGGGCCUGGUGACCCUGAACGACAUGAAGGCCCGGCAGGAGGCCCUGGUCCGGGAGCGCGAGCGGCAGCUGGCCCAGCGCCAGCAGCAGGAGCAGCAGCGGCUGCAGCAGGAGAGGCUGCGCGAGCAGGAGCAGCGGCGCGAGCGCAAGCGCAAGAUCUCCUGCCUGUCCUUCGCGCUCGACGAUCUCGAUGACCAGGCCGAAGCGGCCGACGCGACCAACGCGGCCGAGGCCAGGCGCCCCGGAAACCUGGGCAAGGACCCCGACGUGGACACCAGCUUCCUGCCAGACCGCGACCGCGAGGAGGAGGAGAACCGGCUCCGGGAGGAGCUGCGCCAGGAGUGGGAGGCGCAGCGCGAGAAGGUGAAGGACGAGGAGAUGGAGGUCACCUUCAGCUACUGGGACGGCUCGGGCCACCGGCGCACGUUGCGCGUGCGCAAGGGCAACACCGUGCAGCAGUUCCUGAAGAAGGCGCUGCAGGGGCUGCGCAAGGACUUCCUGGAGCUGCGCUCCGCCGGCGUGGAGCAGCUCAUGUACAUCAAGGAAGACCUCAUCCUCCCGCACUACCACACCUUCUACGACUUCAUCAUCGCCAGGGCGAGGGGCAAGAGCGGGCCGCUCUUCAGCUUCGACGUGCACGACGACGUGCGGCUGCUCAGCGACGCCACCAUGGAGAAGGAUGAGUCGCACGCCGGCAAGGUGGUGCUGCGGAGCUGGUACGAGAAGAACAAGCACAUCUUCCCCGCCAGCCGCUGGGAGCCCUAUGACCCCGAGAAGAAGUGGGACAAGUACACCAUCCGCUGAUGCCCACCUGCCAGCCUGGAAACCAGGGGAAGGCACUCAUUUCUAUGCCUUGUCACCGUGACCUUGAUUUCUUCCCCCAAGUGUAAUAAAGACAGAGGGUUCUCGUGAUUCACAUUAGUUGUUCUGUUUGCUGAUGUUACUCUUUCAUUGCUUGAGUGGUCUUUUCUGUGUAUUUCAGUGUUGCUACCUGGAUUUGCUGCAUUGCUCUGCUGAGCUGUGUUGAAACCAUGACUGGGCCCACUGUGAGACAGAAAUUAGAAUAGCGGUUAUGAGCAUGGACUUGGGGGCCACGCUGAGUGAGUUUGAUUCCCGACGCAGCUUCCUCCUUGCUGUGUAGUUUUGGGCAAGCUUAUUAAACCCCCGUGCCUCAGUUUAGUCACCUGUAAAAGGAAAUAACACCUACUUCAUAAGAUUGAAGAUCAAGUGAGUUAACAUUUGUAAAAUACUUAGCACUUAAUAAAUGUGUUUUGUGGUUAU